ACGUUUUAAGAAGCGAAAAUAUUUGUUUUUGUUGUCCUGUUCUGUGCACAAAACAUUCUAAAAUAAUGGACUUGUUAAAAAAAGUUACUGUGUAAGUGAUAUUAAAGGAAACUUUUCACUAGUGAUGCCAACUAGAAUAAAUUAUUGCUGAUAAUUUUUCGAAUGACGUUUGUGAAUAAGAUGAACACUCCUCUGUUUGCACGUAUGGAAUUACACGAUAAUCGAAUUUGAAAGAAUAUGAUAUUUUGUUCCAGCACAUAAUAAGAUAACAAUACUACUAAUUCGAUGAUAAGCUAUUGCAAUGUAUUAUUUGUAAUUGAAAGAUAAUACCUAAUAAAAUGCCAAUGCCACCACCUCCUCCCCCUGGUGGGUUUUCACUGGGGGAUGCUAGGAAAAAUAAUUUCAAAUCCAACCCUCCAGCCGAUGGUCGGGAUUUACUACUGGAUUCUAUACGCAAAGGAGCCAAGCUCAAAAAAACAGUGACCGUUGAUAAAAGUGCUCCAGUGUUAGGUAAGGUUGUGAGUAGCACACCAUCCAGCACACCUGGUGGAAUUACUAAAAUACAGAAUGCCAGUUCAACUAGCAACUCAUCUGUUAGUCUAGGUGCAAAUGGCCAGCCAUUGGCAGGUAUUUUUGCUAAUGGUAUACCAAAGUUGAAGCCCGUGGGAAGUCGAAAUAAAGUUUCGAUGCAGAACAAAGAGACGGAUCAAAGCUGCAAGCCAGCAGUAAUGGAAAAAACUAGCCCAUCAUUAGGUGCCAAAGCUGUGAAUAAUAAUUCUUCACUUCACACAAAAACAAAGUCAAAUGUUGAAGGCUUUGUUAAAGCACCAAAUACCGAAGUAAAGCGUGGCCCGCCUCCGCAACCUCCUGUACAAAAAACGCAAAUGCCACUCAGUGCUUCGGAUUCAACUAUUGCUGGAUUUUCUCCAACAAAGCCUUCGAAUGCAGGAUCCAUGGCAAACUUGUCAUCAAAUUUGAACUAUAAUAGUUCAACACUAAUGAAAAAUACAAAAACCAAUUCUGUGACGAAUUUGAGUCAAAAUAACGCUCAUAUGCCGAAUCAGUCUACAUUGUUUGCUAAUAAAUCUAAUUUACAUGCAAGUUUAAGUUCAUUGAACCACAAUACUAAGUUAUCUACCGCAGACGGUAGCGCAAGCUUACAAAGCUUGUCGAAUCCAAAAACUACUAUAAAUCACGGAAAACCAAAUCUUGCACCUAAACCUCCAUCUUUAAACACGACUGGUAAACCUAGUGUUAUGAGGGCACACAGCAUGAAGUCUCCCAGAACUCCGCCAGUGACGCCUCCGGGAUUGACACCUUUUGGAACCCUGCGUGGUUUGCCCGCAGGAUUUCAUCAGUCUCAGGACUCAAUCAAAAUGAAACCAGCUCCACCAAUUCCGCAAUCAGGCCGUCCAAGCGUACCUCCACCAAUAAGGCCCCCAGCAAAUCGGCCGCCGCCACCACCAAAUCGUUCGACAAGUAGUAACGUCGCAAAUAACGGCAAUAACAAUAACAAUCAACAACAGCAGAUUAAGCCCGCUCUACCGAGCAAACAGUCAGUUGCGGUUCAACAAAAUGUGCAAAAUUCGAGCCCUGGCAAGCCAAUGAUCAAUUUAACCUCGGGAGUAAAUAAUACGCCAAUGGGCGUUCCACCGCCACCACCUCCGCAUCGCACGCAACCUGCGCCCCAACCUCCAGCAGCUGCAGUAGCUUCGAGAACCAUUACUACGAACAAUGCUGCUCCAGUACCACCAGUUCGCAAUAGUUCAAUGAGAAACUGCAAUGGUAGUAACGGAAAUAUGUCUGCUGUUAUAUUGGAUCUAGAAACUCGUUUUUCAGACAUGUUCCAUACUGUAAAAGAUUUUCCUUUGCCCAUUCAGUUUUGUGAACUUCGCAAGACAUAUAAUAGUAAGAACCAUAUUAAACAACAAAUAAAUUCAGUGUGCAAACAACAGUCAUUCUCCAAAGCUCAAGCACCAUUACCACCGAUGCAAACUCCCACGAUUCAACUGGGCAGAAAAUUGUAUACAGAUGAUAGUACUGAUUGCUGAUCACUUUAUCUUCAUGAAAUUUGAUGAAACAUUUGAAGAAAUUUGAGGUUGUGUAAGUUUCAUAACAAUAUUCAUACUAAUUUGAAUAUAAUGUUUCUCUGAAAUAAAUAUCCAUGUUGCUUUUAUUAGGUAGAAAGAAGUC